AUGGAGUGGUACAGUCCUGUGGAUAAUGGCGAGACAAAGGAUUUAUUUAAUUGCGACAAAAGUGGUUUGUACACUAACGGAACAAAAACACACAGUCCAUUACUCACAUUUAGUCAGUAUCGCCAGAGACAAUUGUCAAAAUCUCUUACACACGACACUCCUAACUCACUAAACGUUGAUAACACAUUUGAUAAUUCGCGAAUUUAUAACACUGACAAGUUGUCUGGAAAUUUUGGAAGUUCACACACAUACAAAUGCCGACCUGGUUUUAACAGUGAUUGCACUUGGAAUAGUGGCGCCAACAAGUUAUCCAGCUAUGGCAAUGACACUAGCUAUUUAAAUGGACAAGAUUAUUCGUUCUUAUCCCCAGCAAAGCAAUUUAAUCAUAGGCCUCAUUAUAAUUCAAAUCAUGGCAGUAUAUAUGGGCCAAAUUAUGGUUCAAGCUAUGAAAAUAAUCAUGGAUGUGAAUAUAAAUCACCAAUUUGUGACUAUAAGCAGACACGUGAUUUGAGAACUAGUGAUUUUGGUUAUAAAUGUAGUUACAAUAAUUACAAAUCCACUAGUUAUGAUUCUAAGCCCACGCAAUACGAUUACAAGCCCACGCAAUACGAUUACAAGCCCUCACAGCAUGGUUGCAAAAGUGGGUUUGGUUACAAAAGUGGUUAUUAUGGUGAUAGAACUAGUGGUAGUGAUUGCAUAAAUUACAUACCCGCUUAUGAUGCCAAAAUGUCAAAAAUUACCAAAAUUCCCAUGUACAAUAAUGUAACAGUUCCAUCCUUUCCAACAUAUGAUUCGCACUAUUUACAGAAUUCACUUGAGUAUUCCUCGCCUAUUUACAAAAGAAAGGCCUUAUCAUCUCAUUAUCAAUACAAAUCGCCAACCAAUCACUAUGGCGAUGGCAUAUUUAACAGUCAAUACAAUGAGCAUGGCAUCAAUGGUAGUUGGAAUAGUAAUAAAAUUGACACAGAGUUUGACAAUUUCAAAUAUAAUCCAAACACCCCCGGCAGCGAUAGCAUAAAACGCCCUCAUUCUGAUACCCGUCUAUUCAGUGCCAGUCCCAGUAAACAUGAAAGGUCGGAAAGAUCAGAAAUUCUCAAAUCCAACGACACUCAAAUUGACAGUAGCAACAAAUGGACUAAGAGGCAUAAAAUUGGAAGCGAUUUGUUCGAUCGCACCCCAAAUAGGAUAGGUAAAUCUACAGGAUAUUUCAACCACGACAGCACAAAGUAUGUAAGCUCGCCAUUUGAUUUUGACAACGUUGGCUUGUUUGACAGCACACCCAAACGGAAUAGAUCCUUACUGUCUACACCGGUAAAGCCUUGGAAUAUGAACUCAAUGUUAAAAUACUAG